UCCCAGCGGUCAAAUACACACAAACACACUCGCGCAGGUACAGGUAUAUAAGUGCAGGUCGUCAGAACAUCAGAGAUUUUUUCACACACUUAACUUGGACUGAGGAAGAGCAAGAUGCUGCUUCACUGGAACAUGGACAUGAGGGGUAUCGUAGGGGUGUUGGUGUGUUUGUCUUUCGGCCAGUGUGCUUUAAUUCCUGAACUCCGUGCAACAGAGUUUGGGUUACUGCCCCCUGAAAACAUGACGCAGGGACAAACAGGAUUUGCGGAGCCUGAUUUAUCCUAUUGUCAGAUGAUUCUGGAAGCUCCGGUUCCACCCACAGCGGACCAGGUACCCUGGUUCUGCAUCUGCUCCGCUUGCUCCGGAAACCGAGGCCAGAAAGGAGACAGAGGCGACCGCGGACUGCCAGGAGUUCCUGGUAGUCCAGGUCCAAGAGGUCUCACUGGGCUUCUCGGCCGUCCAGGAUUCACGGGACGUCCCGGCAUAAAGGGUGAGAAGGGUGAUGCAGGAGAUAAGGGUGACAUUGGUCAUCCUGGAGUUUCAGGGACGAAGGGAGACAGGGGAUUUAAAGGUGAGAAGGGUGACCGUGGUUUUGAUGGUCAUAUGGGAGAUCAGGGUCCAAAGGGAGAAGAUGGGCAGUGCCCAGAAACCUGUGAACCCUUACCAGGGCCAGCAGGUGAGCCAGGUCUUCCCGGUCCUGCAGGUGCACGGGGGUUACCUGGGCUGAAUGGAGACCCUGGUCCCAAAGGGAUGAAGGGCGAUCUUGGUGUGGCAGGGGUGCCUGGCGUUCCAGGUGUACCAGGGGAGAAGGGUGACCAAGGUCCACAGGGCCUGUGCAAUUGUAAGGAUGGGGCUACAGGAGCCCAGGGUCAAACAGGUGAAAAGGGUGAGAAGGGACACCAGGGUCUGACAGGGCCGGCGGGUCAAACUGGAGCCACAGGAUCUAAAGGUGAUCAGGGAGAUAUGGGAAUGACUGGUAUACCUGGACCUUGUUCACCCACCGUGCAAUCUGCUUUCUCUGCUGCUUUACUCACCUCCUUUCCAACACCGAGCCGCCCAGUGCCUUUCAAACGUAUCAUCUACAACUUAAACCAGCACUACAACCCUGAUAACGGCGUCUACACCGCCCCGGUUAACGGAACCUACGUAUUUAGCUACCAUCUGCAAGUGGCCACUCGUUUGCUGAAGGUCGCACUCUUCCACAACUUCGAGGCCAUGGUGAGGACAACUACGCCAGUGGAAAUGAACACCGCCUCUCAGCAGGUGGUGAUGAAACUGACCCAGGGUGACUGGAUGUGGUUGCAGGUGAAAGACACCGCCACUAACGGCAUGUACACCGGCAGUGAGGUCAGCAGCACAUUCAGUGGGUUUUUGUUGUACCCAGACAGAUGUGAUGACAUGUUUGGAAGAGAUGGCAGUGGAAGCAUUGAAAAGAUAUUCCCUGAUGGUCCUAUUGCCUGGGGAACUGAAUAAAGACACACAUGAAUACCUAACCCUCUUACCCUACACCUCAAACCCUUAACCAACCCCUACAUUCUAAACCACCACCUACAGCCCAGACAAGAGGCAGCCAAUCACGCUCCUGGAGGGCUACCAUCCUGCAGAUUUUAGCUCCAACCCCAUUCAAACACAACAGCUAAUCAAGAUACUCAGGAUUACGUCAAAGUAACAGGCAGGUGUGUUGAAGCAGGGUUGGAGCUGAAGAAUGCAGGAAGGUAGCUCUCCAAAAGAAGGGUCCCUGGAGACCCCUGGCCUUAGACACCUAAUCUACACCCUGAAUUCUAAACCUAAAUUUGACCAACACCCAACAUUCUAAACCUCCACCCAAACGUUUGUCUACACCCUAGACUUACAACCAACAUUCUAUACCUAAACUCUACUCCCUAGACCUACACCAAAAUUCCAAACCUAAUCUUUUAUCAACUCCAUGGACCUGCGCCCUAAUUUUAACCUACACCCAACAUUCUAAACUCUUAACCAAACCUCUAAAAUGAUCCACUUCUCAACCUCCUAAACACGAACCUCUAUUGUUUCAAUAAUAUCCCAGAUUACAUGUAGAUUCUAUUUUAAGACCACUUUAUGUAGUUUGUAUGUAGAAGCAAACCUUCGGCUGAAAGCAGAGCCUUCUCUUCCUCAUGUUUGGAAUGAAUUAGUUCUCCAGGUGGAUAUGUGCGGUGUUUAUUUGCAGUGCAUGUCCAGUAUCUUGAUUAGCUGUAUUAUGAACCAACAAUACACAGUGAGGUGGAUCAGCUGGGAGGUUGCUCCCUUGACAGACAUGUUUAUAAAGAAUGAAAAAUGAGCAGGAAGGCACCAAUCAGCUGUUAAAUCAUCCUUCCAGCUAUUCAGUGGACACACACUGAGAAUGAGAACAGGAAAACUGGGUGGGCCGGUGCAUGUAUGUGUGUCUCAGGAUAGGUGAGUGGAGAGAAGUAUUUGAGAGAAACAAGAAAGAGAGGUGUUGUCUUACACAAUUGAAGUGUUAAACACCUGUUUGAGAGAGAAAGAGAGUCUCUUUACUUCGGGCUUAUAUCCUUUGAGUAUGGAUUAUUCAGACACACAAUAUUUUGUUGGGAAACCUCUUAUGGUGUUGCCUAGAUGUGUCCAGAGAAGAGGAGGCCCACCCAGAAAAAUAAAAAUAGUUGUCCUGGAUGCUGUGAAUUCUAGCAGUGACCAUGUAACAAUACAACACAACGCGUUCAUGCUCAUGU